AAAUUUGGUAACUGCAGUCAGAGAGAGAGGAUACCACUUGUCGGAUUUCGCUCGCCAAGGACCAAACGGAUGACUUUACUGGACAGUUUUCCCUAUAAAGCGAAGCUGAGCAAUACUGGCAUCGUCGUCAGAAUCAGAAGACGGUGGAACUUCGCCCCCACCGCGUAAAAAGCAGCGAGUCUUGGCCUCUAUCAUGCAAUCGAAUGGCUGUCCCCAACACAAUGGAGAGUCGAGCAUUGCGACGUCGUCUCAACAAAAUGGCUCUUGUCCCUCGUUUGCAAAUGGCGAUUUUCAUACCAAGUCCUCUCCACGAAAGCCCAUGUCACAAACUGACCAAGAUAUUGUGCGGUUGAUCGUCCAGCAUUUGAGAGGACUGGGUUUGAAUCAAACAGCAGAGCAGCUGAUUUCUGAAUCAGGAUGCAUGCUGGAGCACCCUGCUGCAGCCAAACUAAGGUCACAUGUCAUGGAUGGAGAAUGGGCAAAGGCUGAACAGGACUUGGAGGAGUUGAAAGGUCUAAUAGAAAGUUCACAUGGAACCUUGAAAAUGCAAUUUCUGAUUCUGGAGCAGAAAUAUUUAGAACUGCUGGAGAAUGGGCGGGAAAUUGACGCUUUGCAUUGUCUGCGAUACGAACUUACUCCCCUCAAGUUUAACACAGAGCGUGUACAUCAGCUGAGCACGUUCAUGAUGUGCUGUAAUGCUGAAGAUUUACGGGAAACAGCAGAAUGGGAUGGCAAAGGAGUAGAAUCUCGUACCAAACUGAUAGAGAAACUACAGACCUUUCUGCCUCCCUCUGUGAUGUUGCCUCCCCGCCGACUUGUCACCCUCCUGAAUCAGGCAGUAGAACAACAGAAGGAGAAAUGUCCAUAUCACAAUACAAAGUCUGACAGCAACCUGGAGGCUGUGUCUCUUCUCAUAGAUCAUCUCUGUAGCAGAGAGCAGUUUCCAUCAGUCACUUUACAGACUCUAAAUGAUCACUGUGAUGAAGUCUGGUUCUGCCGGUUCUCACCCGAUGGUACCAAACUGGCCACUGGCUCAAAAGACGGCUCCCUCAUCAUAUGGGAGAUUGAUUUUUCAACGUAUGAGUUGAGAAGCAAAAAGACUUUUGAGAACCAUGCCUAUGGAGUGUCUUAUAUUGCUUGGAGCCCAGAUGGCACACAUAUUAUUGCCUGUGGUCCAGACGAUUGUUCUGAUCUCUGGUUGUGGAAUGUUGAGACUGGUGAUCUGAGAGUCAAGAUGAGCCAGUCUCCAGAGGAUAGUCUAACUACAGCCUCCUGGCAUAUAGACAGUAAAAAAUUUGUGACGGGGGGAAUUAGGGGCCAAUUUUAUCAGUGUGAUCUUGAUGGUAACGUGUUGGAUUCCUGGGAAGGUGUCCGCGUACAAUGUAUUGCCUGCCAGAAUGAUGGGAAAACAGUUCUCGCUGCUGACACCCAUCAUCGUGUCAGGGGAUAUAACUUUGAUGAACUUGCAGACUUCAAUGUAAUACAAGAAGAUCAUCCAGUCAUGUCUUUCACUUUAAAUGAUACAGGCAGAUUAAUAUUACUCAAUGUAGCUACUCAGGGAAUUCAUUUAUGGGACUUGCAUGAUAGGUGCUUAGUAAGGAAAUUUCAAGGGGUUACACAGGGAUUUUACACUAUACAUUCAUGUUUUGGAGGACUAAAUCAAGACUUCAUCGCCAGCGGAAGUGAAGAUCACAAAGUUUAUGUGUGGCAUCUAAGAAAAGAGGAGCCAAUUGCAGUCCUGGAGGGACAUUCUAGGACUGUUAACUGUGUUCACUGGAAUCCCAAGCUACCAGGCAUGCUGGCCAGUGCCUCAGAUGAUGGUACGGUCAGGAUAUGGGGGCCUGCAGAACGAUUAGGAAAUGGAUGUGAGUCAGGCAGGAGUACCCCUGUAUAACAAUGACUGGUGUAUAAGGAUUCCAAUACUACUCCAGGAUCUCACUGCCAUAAUGUGUUGAUGGAACCUUGGUUGUGGACAAAAAAUCUUGCAAGUCCAGGAUCAAUUACAGGAAAGCAAAGACAAGAGAAAUCCAGUUUUACACAGACUGGGU